AAAAUAAACAAAACAAAAAUUAAACAGAAAAAAAAAAGGAAGGAAAGGUGGUGUAGAUUGAGCCAUUAGAAGCCUUCGGCUUUACGGCUUCGGCGAGAGGAAGGGGAGGGGAAGAGGAGAGGAGGAAGGGACUGGAAGGUUCGAUGGCGUCGGAGGUGGAGGACGAUGCGGCGGCGGUGCUCACCAACGGCGGUGCCGGCGCCGCGGAAGUCCGGCGGAGGAGGGACCAAGCGAAGGAGAUUCUGUCCAAGCAGGCCGUCAAGAUCGCCACCAAGGCCGAGGAGCACGAGCGCUUCAUCUUCAAGGUCACACACUUGCUGGGUGUUCUUGGAUUUGGGACAUUUUGCUACCUCCUGGGUGCCAGACCACAGGAUGUGCCGUAUGUGUACUGCCUGUUCUAUGUCAUCUUUGUUCCGCUCCGGUGGAUCUACUACCGCUAUAAGAAAUGGCAUUACUAUCUCCUGGACUUCUGUUACUAUGCCAACACUUUUCUCCUUGUUAUGAUUCUCUUCUAUCCAAAGGAUGAAAAGCUUUUCAUGGUUUGCUUCUCAUUUGCAGAGGGGCCGCUUGCUUGGGCAUUAAUUGUGUGGCGCUGCAGCUUGGUUUUUAGCUCAUUUGAUAAACUUGUUAGUGUCCUGAUUCACCUUUUGCCUGGCAUAGUUAUAUUCACUAUCCGGUGGUGGAAUCCACAAACUUUUGCUGCGAUGCAUCCAGAAGGAAGAGCAGCCAGAGUCACAUGGCCUUAUGUGGAGGACAAAUCAUACCUGUGGACAUGGCUGUUUGCUGUUCCUCUAGCUGCUUACACCCUGUGGCAACUUAUGUAUUUUCUCAUAGUUAAUGUGCUGCGUCGGCAAAGGCUGUUAAAGGAUCCUGAAGUCAUGACAUCAUACAGGGAGCUCUCAAAGAAAGCACAGAAAGCAAACAACAUCUGGUGGAGACUCAGCGGGCUUCUUGGCGACAGGAACCGGCCACUCAUGUACAUACUACUCCAAGCGCUGUUCACGGUGGCGACAAUGGCGCUUACCGUUCCCAUAUUCCUGUCCUUCCAGAUGCAUGUGGUCUUCCAGAUACUCAAGGUGUGCGCGUCGACAUGGAACGGUGGAAGCUUCAUCCUGGAGGUGAUGCCUAGGCAAGUCGUCCAGAAGGAGAAGAAGAAGCUAGAGAUGAAGCCCAUGGAAGAGGCUAAUUCGAGCCAGAAUGCUGAAGAAUCACAAGGGGACCUGUCAGCAAACGGCCAGCACUCAUCCGAGCAUAGCUAAGUCACUGAAAAACCAAACCAUCGCAAACGGUAGCAUUUUUCAGUUUUUCACCAGUUAAUACACUGUGGAUAGCUUCUCUGUGUGUUGUGUGCUCGAAACAAAUUAUCCAUGUUCUGUUGGGUUGAGAAUUUUGAUGCGUGUGUGAGGUUUGAUCUAUUCAGACUCCAGGCAGGGAGCAUUUCUCAGGUAGAAAAUUAUUUUUCUUUUCCCAGUCAACCCAUGAUAUUCACUGAAACUUCUGAUAUUGACCAUGACAAAUUUCCGUGCGUGA